AUGGACGACGGCGUCGACGCGCGCGCGCUGGCGGAAGGACUCGCCGCGUCGCCUCCGGAACAGCAGUUUGACUUGGGUGAAGACGAUUUCGGUGACGACGUUUCGCCGCCGGAUGAACCGCCGUCGCCGGAGACGGUCGCGGAGGCUGAGGCGCGCGAGGACGUCGCUCGCGCCGUUCGCCGCGUCGACGAGCUGAAAGGAACGCUGGAGGAGAUGGUCGUCGAAUCUACGGAGCUGCUUUUGAACACGGUCGUCGCGACAAACGAUUACUUCUUACUGUUCAACCCGAAAUUGAUGAUUGAGCUGCGCACGAUUAAAGAAGAGGCGAAACAAUGGCUCGAGGAAACCGCGCCGAAAAAGUCGGCGGCGGCGUGA